CGCUUGAGCGCCGCUGACAGCUGACGUUGGAGUCGCGCGAGUUCUACGUCACACAAAGGGAAACAGUGGCGCGUGUUGAUGAUGUAUACGUUUUCUUCCGCUGAAGCAAGCACCGUGGCUCGUUUUGUGGGAUAGCAGCUCACAGUCUAGCCAUGAAUUGGAACAAAGGAGCUCCCGGUGUGAAGCGAGGGUUCGGCUUUGGAGGAUUUUCACUUGCCGGGAAGAAAGAGGAGCCCCCAGUUUCCAAACCAUCUCACACAUCAUUUGGGCCUCCUGGAUCAAGCAGCGGUUACGGGAAAGGCCAACUCCCAUCAUUCUACAAAAUUGGAACUAAAAGGAGCAAUUUUGAUGAAGAGAAUGCGUAUUUUGAGGACGAUGAAGAGGAGUCCAGCAGCAAUGUGGACCUGCCGUACAUCCCCGCUGAGAACUCUCCUACACGGCUGCAAAUGAAGUCUGGUGGCGGCUCAGACAGCGAGGACGAUCCCCUCGACGCCUUCAUGGCUGAGGUCGAGAACCAAGCGGCAAAGGACAUUAAGAAAAUUGAGGAAAAGGCGGCCAAGGGUAUUCGUGAUGACAUUGAAGAAGAAGAUGAACAAGAGGCCUACUUUCGCUACAUGGCUGAGAACCCCACAGCCGGCCUGACCCUGGAGGAGGAGGAGGAGGAUGUGGACUACGACAGUGACGGCAACCCCAUUGCUCCCACAACCAAAAAAAUCAUCAUGCCCCUCCCUCCGAUUGACCACUCAGAGAUUGAUUACCCACCCUUUGAGAAAAACUUCUACAAUGAGCACGAGGAGCUCAGCAUUCUGACCGGAACUCAAGUGGUAGAAUUAAGACAAAAACUUAACUUGCGAGUUUCUGGUGCAGCCCCCCCCAAACCCUGUACCAGCUUUGCUCACUUUAGCUUUGACGAGCAGCUAAUGCAUCAGAUCCGCAAGUCUGAGUUCACUCAGCCCACGCCAAUUCAGUGCCAGGGUGUGCCCAUCGCUAUGUCGGGACGCGACAUGAUUGGCAUUGCAAAAACCGGCAGUGGCAAAACUGCCGCAUUCAUCUGGCCCAUGCUGGUCCACAUCAUGGACCAGAAGGAGCUGGAGGCCGGGGAGGGGCCCAUUGCAGUUAUUGCGUGCCCCACCAGAGAGCUUUGCCAGCAGAUCCACGCAGAAUGCAAACGUUUCGGCAAAGCCUACUCGCUGCGCUCGGUGGCCGUGUAUGGAGGAGGCAGCCUGUGGGAGCAGGCCAAGGCUCUGCAGGAAGGGGCAGAGAUUGUGGUGUGCACGCCGGGUCGUCUAAUUGACCAUGUGAAAAAGAAGGCCACAUCCCUGCAGAGAGUGUCCUACCUGGUGUUUGACGAGGCUGACCGCAUGUUUGACAUGGGUUUCGAGUAUCAAGUUCGAUCCAUCGCCAGUCACGUGCGCCCAGACAGGCAGACCCUUCUGUUCAGCGCCACUUUCCGAAAGAAGAUUGAGAGGUUAGCCAGAGACAUACUGAUGGAUCCUAUCCGUGUGGUGCAGGGAGACAUUGGAGAGGCCAAUGAGGACGUGACGCAGGUGGUGGAGAUGCUGCUCAGCCCCAAAGAUAAAUGGGGCUGGCUGACACGCCACCUGGUGGAGUUCACCUCUGCCGGCUCGGUCCUCAUCUUUGUCACCAAGAAGGCCAACUCCGAUGAGCUGGCCACCAACCUCACGCAGGAGGGCUACAGCCUAGGCCUCCUGCACGGAGACAUGGACCAGAGCGAGAGGAACAAGGUCAUCAGCGACUUCAAGAAGAAGAAUCUGCCCGUCCUGGUGGCCACCGAUGUUGCCGCUCGUGGUCUGGACAUCCCGUCCAUCCGCACAGUGGUCAACUACGACGUGGCGAGAGACAUCGACACACACACGCACAGGAUCGGUCGAACAGGUCGUGCAGGCGAGAAAGGCGUAGCCUACACCCUUCUGACCAGCAAGGAUACCGCGUUCGCCGGGGACCUUGUGCGGAACUUGGAAGGUGCCAAUCAGAGCGUCUCUAAAGAGCUGAUGGACUUAGCCUUGCAGAAUCCUUGGUUCAGGAAAUCCAGAUUUAAAGGUGGCCAAGGAAAGAGGCUGAACAUCGGCGGAGGAGGUCUUGGUUAUAAAGAGAGACCAGGAUUGGGUUCUGACAGUUCUGUUCGCAGCAGCAGUGUGUUGUCGUCCAUGAGCAGCUACGAAGGCUUAUGUAAACCAGGCUCUGGAGCCAUGGGAGACCGCGUAUCUGCAAUGAGACAAGCCUUCCAGGCUCAGUACAAGAGUCACUUUGUGGCGGCGUCCGGCAACCCUCCAAAGCUCAGCACCAAGUCCAGCAGCUCUUCCGGCUGGACUAGCGCCGGCAGCCUGAGCUCCGUGCCCACAGAAUCCGCCAACGGCUCGGAGAAGGCCAAAGCCUCCACCUUCGCCAUGCCGGGCUUCACCAGCGCCGGCUCUCUGAGCUCGGUGCCCGCCAUUCAGAGCAGUUAUCCUCCUCCCGCCACAUCCUCGCCGAGGGACAGCUCGCGGGACAAAGCCGGCGACAGUCACCAUCAUCGCCACAGCGACAGAGACAGGAGCGAUCGUCAUGACAGCGAUAAAGACCGGGAUCGCGAACGGGAUCGCCACAGCAGUAGCCGCCACGGCGACAGUCGCAACGGGGAAGAAGGCCGGCGGGACCGACAGGACAGAAAGAGUGAGAGGAACAAAGGAGAUGACAGCUUUGCGGUCCCUGAGCCACCAAAACGUCGAAAGAGCAGGUGGGACAACUAAGCGGCACAGUCAGGAAACGGUGUGUAGUCGACUUGUUUGUCAAAACAGCGAGCUUGAGCAUAUUCGACACAAGAUGGAGAUGUGGACACUUGAUAAACGACAGCGUUCAUCAAAGGCAGAGAGUCAAACUUGGCACAACUGUACAUAUCCCAUCCAAAAUAUUAUUGUCGGUCCGUAGCACCAAGCAAUACGACUGACAUUCAUUCUUCUGUCGGCAGUCAGCUCAGGUUGGCUGUGUUGUCCAGCUCUUGACCUGCUUCCCUCUUUGCAAACUACACUUAUUCGAUGUUUGUGUUUGUUUUCAUCUCAUUGUAAAACAAAGCUAACACUGCAGUUUCAUUUCUUAGUAAAAUAAAGCUGUCAUUUAUACUAAAGGCAAACAGAUAUCAAACACGGCUGUUCUCGUACUUGAGUCUUAGUGAAGUGCCUUCCCCUGGCAUUAGUUUGUGCUUUUCACAAUUGUUUUUGUAAAGGGGAUUGAAAGAUUCAUUCAGACAAAUUAUGGUUUGAUCAAUAAAGACUCCUGAAGUCUA